UUGGACUCCGGGUCGCUCCUGAAGGACAAUGCCGAGUUGUGACUGGGGUGCCCGGGUGGGGGGCCGGGAGGAGCCGGAGAUGUGAGAACUGGCUUUAUCUUUCAACUCAGUGGAAACUUCCCUUCCCUGAGCAGAGCUGAAGGUUUAUGGCAGGCACUUCCAUCACUGUCUCCUAGUCAUAGAGCUGUUGCCAGUAUGCUUUCGUGGAGAGCAGCAGAGCCUAAGGGUGCACUUCUACAGCUGGCAUAAUCUGACAUAAAUCUGUGCUGCUGAAAGAGAAGAGACAAGGUGCUUCUCCUUGUCCCCUAGCCUUGUUCUUUUUAAUCUGCAAUAACUUUCAGCUUGUCUAACUUGAAAGCCACCACCAGCCCAAGUGAGAGAACAGAAGGAGGUCACAGGUACCAAACCAAAGAUGUCCUCGACAAGAAAGAUUCUACUCAUCCUGGGAUUCCUCUCUACUUUGGCUGUAAUUGCUUUAAUUGCUGUAGCAGUGACCCAAAACAAGCCACUUCCGAAGAAUAUUAAGUAUGGGAUUGUGCUGGAUGCGGGAUCGUCCCACACUAACCUCUAUGUGUACGAGUGGCCAGCAGAGAAGGAGAACGACACUGGGGUGGUGAAGCAGGUGGAGGUGUGUAAAGUUGAAGGCCCUGGGAUCUCAGGUUACUCCCAUGCCACAGAGAAGGCAGGUCCCUCUCUGGCACAGUGCCUACAACAAGCAAAAGAGGUGAUUCCCUCAACGCAGCACAAAGAGACACCUGUCUACCUCGGAGCAACUGCUGGCAUGCGGCUUCUCAGGUUGGAGAAUGAAAGUGCAGCUGACGAAGUCUUGUCCUCAGUAGAGACGACACUACGCUUAGCUCCCUUCAACUUCCAGGGUGCCAGAAUCAUCACUGGUCAGGAAGAAGGAGCCUAUGGAUGGAUCACCAUUAAUUACCUUCUGGGCAGUUUCAAGCAGUCUGGCUGGAAAAAGCUUCUACAUUCCCUGAAAUCCACAAGUGAGACAUCAGGAGCACUAGACCUUGGAGGAGCCUCAACACAGAUUACCUUUGUAUCAAAGGAACUCUCUUCUGAGUCUCCAGAGAACCAGCUCUACUUCCGUCUCUAUGGCAAGGAUUACCAGGUGUACACACACAGCUUUCUCUGCUAUGGGAAGGACCAGGCUCUGCAACAGAAACUGGCCAGGGACCUACAGACCGUGGAGAGCAGCAGUCUCCUUGACCCAUGCUUUCACCAGGGGUAUCAGAGGACUAUAAAUAUAAGUGACUUCUUCAAAAACCCUUGUACAUCAGACAAGAAAAAGCAAUUACCUUUCAGCCAGCUGUACAUAGAGGGAGAGGGAGAUUAUCAAAAGUGCCGAGAAAACAUCCAGAAACUCUUCGACAAAACCAAUUGUCCUUACUCCAGUUGCUCCUUCAAUGGGAUAUACCUACCUCCAUUACAAGGGGAUUUUGGGGCUUUUUCUGCUUUCUAUUUUGUGAUGAACUUUUUGAACCUGACCGGUGAAGCAAGCCCUGUUCCCCUGAACAAAGUGACCAGAACCAUUGAGAGCUUCUGUGCCCGGCCUUGGCAAGAGGUGAAGACAAUGUAUCAAAACAUCAAAGAAAAGUACCUGAGUGAAUAUUGCUUCUCUGGAGCCUACAUCCUCUCUCUCCUGGAAAAUGGCUAUGAAUUCACCGAAGAUAACUGGCAAAGGAUCCACUUCCUUGGAAAGAUUGGUGGCAGUGAUGCAGGUUGGACCCUGGGCUACAUGCUGAACCUGACCAACAUGAUCCCUGCAGAGGAGCCAGCUGUGCCCCCUCUCUCCCAUGGCAGCUACGUGGGGCUGAUGGUGCUGUGCUCCCUUGUGCUGGUGUCUGUGCUCCUGUUUGCCUGGCUUCUCUUUCACAAGCCCAAGUGCCUGCAGAAGGGGAUUGUUUAGGAAGAACCUGGAGGGGAGAGGGGCCAUGUCAUCCCGGCUGCUCAGGGCUAGGAGACCCCAGCAGAGCAGGCGGUACUGCAGAGUUCCUCUCACUGAAGCUACUGACUGUACAAGGGCAUUUAUUUCUUCUGACUCACACUUGCACUGAGAGAUGUUGGGACAUCAGGCUCGCCACCUUUCUCUGCCAAGGACAGACAAGUUGGUGUCCCCUCCUUGAAUGGGUUGUACUUUCAUUCAAUGAAACUUUGCUGCUUGUUGGUUUCUGCCUUGUGCACAGCAUUAUAAAGAGAAAAGUGGCAGCAAUCUUUGGGAGCCAGUGCUCCUGCAAGGGUAAUCUCAGGGUCACACAUCCCACUGAGCUCUUGGGAGCUGUCACACACAGGGUGAUCCUGCUCAUUCUCUGCUGAAGCUGUUCCCAAGAGCCCUUUCCACACCAGCACACCUCUGCUCACCUCCCUGCGCCCUGAGCUCUCGCAGCCCUACAGCUGGGUACAGCACUUGCACCUGACUGCCCCCUGAAGGUGGGUCAGGCUCCCAAAUGCCACUCUGGGAAAAGAAGGGAUGAGGAUGAAGAAACUGAGCGUGCUGGUGGUCAUCAGCCCUUAGCUGGGCUCUGGUGGCUGUCAGCUCCUUUUGCAGGUGGUAAGAGGCCUUUUUCCCACAUUUUCCUGAUGUUGUUGCUGGACCAAAGCUGGCUCACUGUCGCACUGAGCCAUUCCCAUGCCCCUAGGGUACAUCAAGACAUGAGUUCCCAGCCAGGCAUUGCUGUUUUUUGCAGAAACAGCUUGUACUGGCCAAGGAUCCUUGCCCAGUAGUGAGUGCUUAUGCCUACAGGAACUCUGGUGUUAUCAGCAUGCCUGUAGGUAUAGAUCCACUAAAGCAAUCCAGGGUCACUGUGCUGAUAAUACAGCAGCCUCCAAUCUAGGGAAAAUGUUUAUUAAGUAAUGUUCCUAUAGACAGCUGGCAGCAAUUAACCAGCAUUGGUUAACUUUGCUUUCCAUCAGCAAAAUUAGUGAAAAUUUGCCUUUUCUUCCCUGAUGGAAUAGGCUUAUCCUAUGGCCAUACGACCCAGGGCUUGUGAGUGCACAUACUGAGGCCCAUCUUCUAGCACACAACUAGGAUGAUGCCAUUGAUUGGGUUUAUGAAUCACUUUCUUCCAUUUUUCCAUUCCUUGGUCUGAAAAAAAAAACAGAGGUAAGUCAGAAAUCCAUUUUUGUAAAAAUGCUCAGAAACCACUGGUGCCUGUCUACCUCCCACAAAAUCUUGGAUAUCUCUUCUCCUAAUGGCCUGUAAGUGCCAGAGGUCAAAAGAAAGCAGAUAUUAUAGAGAAAAAGGCAUGGUAAACAUGUACCUUCACGUGUUUCCCCAAGCAAAGGUGCAGGCAGUGAGGAGGGGGUCAGGAUGUGCACACCCAAUAACACCUUCUCCUUUAGGCAAGCACAGACACAGAACUCAGAGUUUUCAUGCUCUCCCAACCUGUUCUUCUGCACAGCUCAGGCAUGAAAAUAUCCUGCAGUUAUUUCUGCUUUAUGCCUGGAAGUAGAAGCCCUACCAUAUUGAAGAACCUAAAGGUAAGGGAAAAAUCUACCCUAUGAUCUUUGGGCAGAUCGUUGUUCUUCCAAAAAUUUGUGUCUUAUUUUUGCUCUGAAGUAGCUGACUUCAGCUUCUGUUGGACCUUGUUCUGCCCAUUUCCAAAGGACUGAGUAACUCUGCUAUUAAAAAUCCCUUUUUCCUUGUU